AUGGUGCCACUGUCGAUUUAUCUCAACAGUGAUGUCGGGAUGGAGCGGCCGUACCACAUCUCCAUUCCCGCCAACGUCGACACCUUGGCGGAGCUCUGCCAGUACCUAACGGACCGUAUACCCCUGCGGCCAGGCGAGGACACCACCGGUCGAGGGUAUCGAUUUCUCUACUCUGUUACGGGCAAGCCACUUUGGCGCGUGAAGGAGUGCAUCGAAGCGCGUACAAUUGUGCUGAGCGUGGGGCCGGGUUUCCUUGUGCGUCGCCCAGCAAAUUUCACGGUGGGGCCACAAGCGGCAGCAGGCUCUGUAGUCGACAUCACACCAGACAGGCCGGCAACGCAACCGGGCCCCGAGGCUGGCUGGGGGCGAGAGGGGUCACCCUCCGCUUCACCUCCGAUUAAGCAGCCAGUCGACGACAGGUACAGCAUGCGCAGUGGCGCUGGUGGCAGAGCCAAUGGCGACACCGCCUAUUACCCCGCUAGGAACGCGCCGACAAGCAGCCACGCAGCCUCUGCCGCCACUUUCCCCUCUGGGGGUGUAGCAGUGGAGCAGGGCAGUGUAGAUGCCACGUGGCCACCUGGCCCAGCCGUGCGUCAACCUUCACCAACCGAGGAAAGAGAACGCCUCUUCAGCAUCACGCUGAACACGGCGAUGAGGGGACGUGGGUCCUCUGGUGGAAGGCCGACGUCAUCGCAGCCGCCGUCAAUGCUGAACAGCCUCGGCGUCGCGUCCUCUGCCGCAGGGAGCACCGCAGAAGCGCGCCUCUUCACCUCAGUACCACCCCGAACUGCACCGGUUCCGGCAAGGACGUCCACCGCAUACUGUGGGACUGACGGCCUCGGCGGCUCAGCAGCAUGUGCACAGACGGACUUGCCAUAUGAGCAGUAUGCAGCCACCUCUUCGACGAGUGCGGCGAGGACACCGCGCGGUGUGGUAUUCGUGGCACACAAAGCAUACCCCCUGCCGCUGCGCCCGGCCUUUGAAAAGACGUGCUCUCUCGCUAGUAAUCUCUCCGUCCUGCCGCCCCAGCAUCAGCCCCUCUCACCCACGUCGAUCUCCAGCAGCCUAGAGUGUCUUCUUCUACGCAAAUGGGCCGCCUAUCAACGACUGCACAGCACCGCUCCCACCGAUCUUGUCGCUGGCGAAGCGUUCUCGCACCUCUUCAACUCACUCGUCCCGAAGAGUGCGGCAACCAGCAGUGCGCCAUGUCGGGUGCUUGUGAGCGGGCCACCCCGCAGUGGCGUCUCCACCACCGCCUCCUUUCUACUCCGCCACUACCUGCGCACGUUGCAGUUUCAGCCAAACUACCCGUUCAACAAUUCGGUGCUACUCGUCCUUGACUUUCACUGGCUUUUGGGGUCGGAAACGGCGGCCGCGCUGCAGCCGCCGCGGCUUCUACUUGACCUUAGUGCACUCUACCAGCUCAUCGUACGCACUGUGAUCGAUGCUGUUGUGGCGCUGCGGCCGGCGCUACGGGAGGCAGGACUGCUGUUGGCGCAGCUGUGGGACUUGGUCAUUAAGCCAAACGUGCAGCCUCCAGCACCACCGAACUUCACCACGUUUAAACAGGCCGCCAUGUUUGUGGGCGUCGAUGUGCUUGCAAGCUGGACAAGACUCGCCGAGCAGAUGUAUCCGAUUCUCCAGGCAGCGUGUCGCACACCCGAUGUACUCGAGCUUCGGUCCGCCGCGAUUGACCUCAUCUUCUACGCCAUUCCCGCCGAGCUCGUCUCCUCGCUGAAGUUCUCCGGCCUGGUUUACGUCCUGGACGGGUUAGAGCACCUAGCGCGCUGCUACCCGCAUCGUGUGACACGGCCAGCUGGUGACCUCGGGCCGCUCCUGCAGGCUGUCACGGCAGACCCUCGCACGCACCUAAUCGUCGCCUGGCCGUCGACGCUUGCACCGCAGACGAUGUACCUGCCAGGCCUCAUGGCCCACGUGUCUACCAUCGGCCUUGUGACGCGCGCCGCGCUGAAUGCAAGACAGUUUCCGCAGGUACUGCGCUGCCGUGAAAAGGAGUAUCCACUGGAGGUAUUCCUUGGCUGCCCCGGUUAUCUCUCCAUCUUGUCAGCCAUAGCGAAGCCGUUCCGCAAAACACUGACGCUUCCCACCAUGGCCCUUUCGGCACAUUAUCAGCAGAACUAUGAGAAGAGCGGUGCGGGGGCAGCGGAAGGCUACGCGCUUCGCCUCGACACCCCCGCAGCUGCCCGUGUGCUGGAAGAGCUUCUACAGUUUGUGCAAACACUGCUCGUACGUUGA